AUGACCUUCGUAUACGAUAAAGGGGAGCCGGUGAAGACGGCCGUCCUGAUGAAAAUGGAAGAUUCCCAGGAAUUAUAUCAGGCACUGAAGACAAUCGAUUUUCAGGAGAAUUGUCUGUUCGAUAUCACUGAGAAUGGCUUGCGUGUGAUUGUGGAUGAUCAGAAUGCUGUUCAGGGAGUCGCGUACUUCAAGCCCGAAUUGUUUGCAGAAUUUAUUAUCAAUCAAAGUGUUGUCACAUUUUGCAUUCCCUUCUUCCUCUUUGCGGAAUGCUUGUGUGUAUUCGGUAUGGGCGUCAGUACGGUGCUGAAGAUGACAUACGAUGGUCACGGCGAACCGUUUGUCGUUAUGCUCGAAAAGGAUGGUAUUGUUGUUCGGUGUCUAAUCAAAACAGUAAUCCCGGAUACGAUGCUUGAUUUUGAUUUCAAUCCUGCCGAUGUUGCUGCGAAAGUCUUGAUGAAACCGGCGAUUCUGAAAGAGAUAUUUCUGGAGCUGGAUCCGAGUACUCCAACAAUUGGAUUUCGAAUUGACGAAAAUUCGAUAAGUGUGAUCACGGACGGGGAUUUGGGUAAAAUUCAGCAAGUUGAAAGCAGUUUUCUUCUCUAA